AUGUCCACUACGCUGUCGCCCCUCCUGGCUUCACCUUCGCACUCCCAACCGCCAGCGCCAUCACCGUCGCCUUCGCACGCCUCAGCACAAACCCUGCAGAGCCCCUCUUCGCCGUUGACCUCUUCGCCCGCCCCCGAGUCUCCCUCGCUCUCUUCAUCCUCUUCAUCGUUGCUGGCCUCGCCCGCGCUGGGCGGCAGCGUGCCAGCGCCGGCACGGGUCAAGGGUGCCCUGGUGGAGCGGCCCAUCAUCUACGGCAACAUAUCGUGGUGGCUGGGCAAGAAGGCCGACGAUACCAAGACCCAUCGAUGGACGACCUACGUGCGCGGGCCGCACAACGAAGAUCUUUCCUACUUCAUCAAGAAGGUGGUCUUCACUCUUCACCCUUCCUUCCCUAACCCUGUGCGCGUGAUCGAGACCCCGCCCUACGAAAUCACGGAGCACGGAUGGGGCGAGUUUGAGCUCAACAUAAAGAUUCACUUCGUGGAUCCGCUCGAGGUGCCGGUGGACCUUGUUCACGCGCUCGUACUCUACCCGCCGGAGGGCAACGUGGGGCUCUCCACCAAGAAGCCGGUCAUCAAAGAGAUCUACGACGAGAUCGAGUUCCAUGAUCCCACCGAAUCCUUCUACAAGAUACUCAAGGACCACGAGAUGAUGAGCGUCGGCUCUUCUCCUCACCCUCUUGCAAUCAACCGUGGCCGAGCCCUGGAGAGCACGCAGAGCGAGUCGGAGAGGAAGGAGCUGGACGAGCUGGCCAAGGCACGAAGCAAGAUCAGGGAGGAGAUCAUCAAGAUACGCGAUGCCUACGACCGAUACGAUGUCCAGAGCCGGCAUCUGCGGGAGGACAUCAAGGAACUCACAGAGCUGGCCGAGGAGGAGUACCGAAAGCGGCAGAAGCUGGGCCACCCACCUCCGCAGGCCCAGCGGAGUUGA